GCUAACUGUGGAGCCAUUUGUAGCACGGUCCCCGCCUUCACCGUGUAGGCAGUGAGCAGGAUGGGCGGCCCCCCGCACUGCAACCAGCCAAGCCCCCGCACCACCUGUUGCACCGACUCCGCCGUAGCACUCACGGUGUCGGCCGCCGGGAGCGGCAGCGCGGCGGCAAGCCCCCGAGCCAGCUGGGCGGCACGCGCGGCGGCAGCCCAGCCAGCGGGGAGAAGGGCCACCGCCGCCGCAAACCGGUCGGCCGCCGCUUGAGGCGACGCCGGCCCCGGUAGGGGCGACAGCAGGCGCGCCCGCGUAAAGUUAUGGCCUCCCAAAGUUCAGGGUCGGUCAUCGGGGUCAGGGGUCUCCAAUGUUCCCCAAGGAUUCGUCACACGGAGUCUCCGGAGUCUGGGUGGGACAGCCGACAGCCAGAUGCACAGGACCACCAUCCAAAGGCUCCGCCCGAUAGCACAAGUGCUACGAUUGUCAGCACCUGACGGCCGCGCGCUGAGCUGUUCACCCCUCAUAUAUCUACAAGGGGCUGGCUGAGGCAGGAGCGGAGCCGAAGUGGACGGGCUCUGCUGACUUUGAGUACUUGAACGGUGAAGGCGAGCGAGUGUUGUUCCAAUUUUGAUCGUGAGGGCAGGGAUUAGGUGCUGCGUUUUGGGCGGCGGACGGCUGUGAUCGAGGCGGCGGAACAUAACCACACAACGCACAUAACUUGCGACACAACGAUGCACACAACGCACACUACGAACAUUACUUGCUGCACAACGCACACAACUGAUUGCUUCUUUUCUCCCACUACUUUUGUGGACUGCUGUGACAUUUUGGUGUUCAAGAGGCGAGGGGCCCUAGCGGCUCGGUUAGUCUCGUUGCAGGGUCCGUGAUGACCACACAUCCACCUGUAACAACAUCAUCAU